UCCGAGCAUCCUCCGCCCCAAAAGGGCCCUCUCCCCGCGCCCUGUGAGCCCGCAGCGCGGCGCCGGGGGGGCGCGGGGACGAUGAGAUCAGCUGAAACAGGGAAAAGCCUCCGCUGAACCGCUGCGAGCCAUGAACUGAGAGCGCUGCUGGAAAUAAUAAACCCUGCAAAUAAAGAGAAAAGCCGGCGGCAGCAUGGCCCAGAGCAAGAGACACACGUACGGGCGGGCAUCCAGCACUGGCCCCAGGAUGAGCGCGGAAGGCAGCAGCAAGCCCCUGAAGGUGGGCUCCAGAGUGGAAGUCAUCGGGAAGGGGCACCGCGGUACUGUGGCCUAUGUCGGUGCCACCCUGUUUGCCACCGGGAAGUGGGUCGGUGUCAUCCUGGAUGAAGCCAAGGGCAAGAACGAUGGGACCGUGCAGGGCAGGAAAUACUUCACCUGCGAGGAAAACCACGGCAUCUUCGUGCGGCAGUCACAGAUCCAGGUGUUUGAAGAUGGAGCUGAUACCACGUCCCCAGAAACGCCGGACUCCGCUGCCCUGAAGGUCCCCAAGAGAGAUUCCCUGGAAGCUGCCAAAGCCAGCAAACUGCGUGGAGUGAAACCUAAAAAGACCACCGCCCGGCGGCCCAAGCCCACCCGGACCCCCAGUUCUGCGGCGUCCAGCGGCACGGCCGGGCCCUCGGGCUCAGCCUCUGCCUCUGGCGGGGAGAUGAGCAGCAGCGAGCCCAGCACGCCCGCCCAGACACCGCUGGUGGCCCCCGUCAUCCCGUCUCCUUCCCUCACCUCGCCGGUGGCACCGAUGGUUCCCUCGCCCACCAAGAGCACCUCGGCACCACGCGUGGGCCCCGAAGGCCAGGAGGAGGAAAAUUUGCGUUCUCAAGUCAGGGACCUGGAGGAAAAAUUGGAGACUCUGAAGAUAAAGCGGAAUGAAGACAAAGCAAAGCUUAAAGAGCUCGAGAAGUACAAGAUCCAGCUGGAGCAGGUGCAGGAAUGGAAGAGCAAAAUGCAAGAGCAACAGGCUGAUCUCCAGAAACGGUUAAAGGAGGCCAAAAAGGAAGCCAAAGAUGCCCUGGAAGCCAAGGAGCGCUACAUGGAGGAGAUGGCAGACACCGCCGACGCCAUCGAGAUGGCCACGCUGGACAAGGAGAUGGCGGAGGAGCGGGCAGAGUCCCUGCAGCAGGAGGUGGACUCCCUGAAGGAGAAGGUGGAAUAUCUCACCAUGGACCUGGAGAUCCUAAAGCACGAGAUCGAAGAGAAAGGCUCGGAUGGAGCAGCAUCCAGUUACCAGGUCAAACAGCUGGAAGAGCAAAAUGCAAGGCUCAAGGAAGCUCUCGUAAGGAUGCGGGACUUGUCUGCCUCGGAGAAGCAGGAGCACGUCAAGCUUCAGAAACAAAUGGAGAAGAAGAACACCGAGCUGGAGUCCCUGCGCCAGCAGAGGGAGAAGCUUCAGGAGGAGGUGAAGCAGGCAGAGAAAACGGUCGAUGAGCUGAAGGAGCAGGUGGAUGCUGCUUUGGGCGCUGAGGAGAUGGUGGAGACCCUGACAGAGAGAAACCUGGACCUGGAGGAGAAGGUCCGGGAGCUGCGUGAGACCGUCGGGGACCUGGAAGCCAUGAACGAGAUGAACGACGAGCUGCAGGAAAACGCCCGGGAGACGGAGCUGGAGCUCCGGGAGCAGCUGGACAUGGCGACAGCGCGGGUCCGCGAGGCCGAGAAGCGCGUGGAGGCUGCGCAGGAGACCGUGGCCGACUACCAGCAGACCAUCAAGAAGUACAGAGAGCUGACUGCUCACCUCCAGGACGUGAACCGAGAACUCAUGAGUCAGCAAGAAGCAUCUGCUGAGAAGCAGCAGCAGCCUCCUCCCGAGAUGUUUGACUUCAAGAUUAAGUUUGCAGAGACAAAAGCCCAUGCAAAGGCCAUCGAGAUGGAGCUGCGGCAGAUGGAGGUGCAGCAGGCCAACCGGCACGUCUCCCUGCUCACCUCCUUCAUGCCGGACAGCUUCCUGCGCCACGGCGGGGACCACGACUGCGUCCUGGUGCUGCUGCUCAUCCCUCGGCUCAUCUGCAAGGCCGAGCUGAUCAGCAAACAAGCUCAGGAGAAGUUUGAUCUGAACGAGAACUGCGCGGAGCGUGCUGGCCUCCGGGGCGCUCCGGGAGAGCAGCUGAGCUUUGCUGCAGGGCUGGUGUAUUCCCUCAGCCUCCUGCAGGCCACGCUGCACAAAUACGAGCAGGCCCUGAACAAGUGCAGCGUGGAGGUGUAUAAGAAGGUGGGGAUGCUGUACCCCGAGAUGAGCGUCCACGAGCGCUCCCUGGACUUCCUGAUCGAGCUGCUGCACAAGGACCAACUGGACGAGACGGUCAACGUGGAGCCGCUGACCAAAGCCAUCAAGUACUAUCAGCACCUGUACAGCAUCCACCUGGCUGAGCAGGCUGAGGACUGCACGAUGCAGCUGGCUGACCACAUCAAGUUCACGCAGAGUGCCUUGGACUGCAUGGGCGUGGAGGUGUGCAGGCUGCGAGCCUUCCUGCAGGCUGGGCAGGAGGCGUCCGACCUCGCCAUCCUCCUCAAGGACCUGGAGACCUCGUGCAGCGACAUCCGCCAGUUCUGCAAGAAGAUCAGGCGCCGCAUGCCGGGGACAGACGCCCCGGGGAUCCCCGCGGCGCUGGGCUUUGGGCAGCAGGUUUCGGACACGCUGCUGGACUGCCGCAAGCACCUGACCUGGGUGGUGGCCGUGCUGCAGGAGGUGGCCGCGGCGGGCGCGCAGCUCAUCGCCCCUCUGGCGGAGAACGAGGGGCUGCUGGCGGUGAAGCUGGAGGACCUGGCCUUCAAGGCGAGCGAGCAGAUCUACGGCACCCAGGGCAUCAACCCCUACGAGUGCCUGCGGCAGUCCUGCAGCAUCCUCAUCGCGACCAUGAACAAGAUGGCCACGGCCAUGCAGGAGGGAGAGUACGAUGCUGACAGGCCACAGACCAAGCCCACUCCCCCUGCUGAGCUGCGGGCCGCGGCUCUUCGGGCAGAGAUCACUGAUGCUGAGGGGCUGGGGCUGAAGCUGGAGGACAGGGAGACGGUCAUCAAGGAGCUGAAAAAGUCCCUCAAGAUCAAGGGCGAGGAGCUCAGCGAGGCCAACGUGCGCCUCAGCCUCCUGGAGAAGAAGCUGGACAGCGCGUCCAAGGACGCAGACGACCGCGUGGAAAAGAUACAGACCAAGCUGGAUGAGACCCAGACGCUGCUCAAGAAGAAGGAGAAGGAGUUCGAGGAGACCAUGGAUGCUCUUCAGGCAGACAUCGACCAGCUGGAGUCGGAGAAGGUGGAGCUGAAGCAGCGCCUGAACAACCAGUCCAAGAGAACCAUCGAGGGCCUGCGCGGGGCUCCUGCCUCCGGGGUUGCCUCCAUCGUGUCCGGCAUUGCCGGAGAGGAACAGCAGAGAGGUGUGGGCACCGGCCAGGCAGCAGGAGGAGGCUCGGGGCCGGUGCAGGUGAAGGACUCGCCUCUUCUGCUGCAGCAAAUCGAAGCCCUGCAGCUCUCCAUCAAGCACCUCAAGAACGAGAACAACCGGCUCAAGGGAGCCCAGAUGAAGAUGGAGCUGGCCAGCUUGAAACCUCUGCACGUAGCUAAGGUCUCUGUCGCCAAGAACAAGCACGGGGAAGAUCUGGCUACGGUCAGCCUCUAUCGCAAGACAAGCCAGCUCCUGGAAACCCUCUACCAGAUGAGCACCAACACUAAGGUGGUGGACAUGAAGCAGACAAAGUCAGGAAGGAGCGCAGGCCACGCGCCUGCUGGAGCAGACGGCCCGCCUGUGGUCCCUGAAGACCACCAUCGACACGCUGCAGGCCGACACGCUGCGGGAGGUGGUGCAGCAGCACCCGGGCGCCAGCGUCCCCACGGCCUUCGGCGUCUUCCCGUCCUCCUCCUUCCUCAAGGCGCAGCGGGAGCAGGAGCAGGGCGCCGCUGCCUUCGGGCGCGUGUCGGUGCCGUGCGCAGGCCGGGCAGGGCCACACGGAGCGGGUGCUGCUCACCCCCGAGCUGCUGCAGCGCCUGCAGGGACACUUCGUCUGCUGAGCCCCCCCCCGAGCCGCCCCCGCACCGUCCGCACGGACCGGACCCGGCGGGACCCCCCCCACCGCACCCCCACCCCGUCCCCGCCCUCCCCCCAAUAAAGCUCCCGCUCCCCGCACUCCGCGCUUUUAUUCACGGGGGGCGGGGCUACGGGACUCCGCGGCGGCUCCCAUUGGCUGUGGGCGGCGAGGGGCGGGCAGCAGCCGCGAUACGCAGCGCUGAUUGGUGGGGCGGCAGAGGUGGGCGGGGCCGCCUGAUUCUCCCGAUCAUUGGCCGAGGCGCUUCGCGCCGAUUGGUGGGCGGGGAGCAGCUCGCGGGCUCCCAUUGGCUGCAGGCGACGAGGGGCGGGCUUCCGGUGCGGGGCGGCCAGUUCCGGGCGGCGGCAGCGGCAGGCGGGAUGGUGCUGCUGCACGUCCUGUUCGAGCAUGCGGCCGGGUACGCGCUGUUCGCCGUGCGCGAGGUGGAGGAGAUCAGCCUGCUGCUGCCGCAGGUGGAGGAGAGCGUCCUGACCAUCGGCAAGUUCCACAACGUGGUGAAGCUCGUGGCCUUCGCGCCCUUCAAGUCGGCGCAGAGCGCGCUGGAGAACAUCAACGCCGUGUCCGAGGGGAUCCUGCACGAGGACCUGCGGCUGCUGCUGGAGACCUCGAUGCCCGCCAAGAAGAAGAAGGCGCUGCUGGGGGUCGCCGACGCCAAGAUCGGGGCGGCCAUCCUGGAGGAGCUGGGCUACCAGUGCCAGACCGGGGGGGUCGUGGCUGAGAUCCUGCGGGGGAUCCGCCUGCACUUCCACGCGCUGGUGAAGGGCCUCACCGCGCAGUCGGCCUCCAAGGCACAGCUGGGCCUCGGCCACAGCUACUCCCGGGCCAAGGUGAAGUUCAACGUGAACCGCGUGGACAACAUGAUCAUCCAGUCCAUCAGCCUGCUGGACCAGCUGGACAAGGACAUCAACACCUUCUCCAUGCGCGUUCGCGAGUGGUACGGGUACCACUUCCCCGAGCUCAUCAAGAUCGUCUCCGAGAACUACACCUACUGCCGGCUGGCCAAGUUCAUCGGCAACCGCAAGGAGCUGAGCGAGGAGAGCCUGGAGGGGCUGGAGGAGAUCGUCAUGGACAGCGCCAAGGCUCAGGCCAUUCUGGAAGCUUCCCGCUCCUCCAUGGGCAUGGACAUCUCCCCCAUCGACCUCAUCAACAUCGAGAGCUUCUCCAGCCGCGUCAUCUCGCUGUCCGAGUACCGCAAGGGCCUGCAGGAGUACCUGCGCUCCAAGAUGAGCCAGGUGGCUCCCAGCCUCUCGGCUCUCAUCGGGGAGGUGGUGGGCGCCCGCCUCAUCUCGCACGCCGGCAGCCUGACGAACCUGGCCAAGUACCCGGCCUCGACGGUGCAGAUCCUGGGGGCCGAGAAGGCUCUGUUCAGGGCUCUGAAGACGCGGGGGAACACCCCCAAGUACGGGCUGAUUUUCCACUCCACCUUCAUCGGGCGGGCGGCCGCCAAGAACAAGGGGCGCAUCUCGCGCUACCUGGCCAACAAGUGCACCAUCGCCUCCCGCAUCGACUGCUUCUCAGAGGUCCCCACCAGCGUUUUCGGGGACAAGCUCCGGGAGCAGGUGGAGGAGCGGCUCGCCUUCUACGAGACCGGGGAGCCGCCCCGCAAGAACCUGGAGGUCAUGAAGGAGGCCAUGGUGGAGGCGAACGAGGUGGUGGCUGAGGUCAAGAGGAAGCAGGAGAAGAAGGAGAAGAAGAAGAAGAAGCGAGAGAAGCGGCGGCUGGAGGCUCUGGCUGCAGCUGCAGAGGAGAUGGAGGACUCGGUGGAGGCAGAGGAGGCAGAGGAAAACGACACAGAGCCUGUGAAAAAGAAGAAGAAGAAGAAGGAGCAGGAGUCCCUCUCAGAGCCUGAGGAGAACGGGCUGGAGGAAGACGCCUUGCCCAAGAAGAAAAGGAAACUGACGGGAGAGGCUGCCCAGCUGGAGAAGAAGAAGAAGAAGGCGGCCAAGGACUUGGAGGAGGACUAGGGGAGCAGGAGCUGGAGCAGACCUGUGCUCCAGCAGUGUGGACUCAUUGCCUGGCAGGAGCUCAGCUUGGCACGGCUGCGGCCCCCCCGCCUGCCGUCCCAGGGCUCCCGGCAGCUGCAUGCCCCAGAAUGUAACCGGGGGGGCUGCAUUAAAGGCGUUUUGGCACCUCGGGGUCCGGGUGAGUCCAUGGGCCAGGCCCAGGUGCCAGCAGGCUCCACGUGGAGGCCUGAGCCUCGCUGUGCCUUACGCAGCGUUGCCUCCUCGAGCCCAUUUUGGGCUGGCUCUGGUUGUGUCCUGCCUGUCCCAGCACCCCCAGCAUGCGCAGUGGGGGCAGGAAGUAGCUCGGUGUGACUGAACCUCAAUAAAGGGCUGAGGUUGUUGUCCA